AUGGGUAAAGCCAGAAAGACCAGAAGAUAUAAGGUGAAACGUAUGAUAAGCAAGAAUGAUGCCAGAUUAAAAAAGAAUCAGAGUAAGAAACCCAAGGAAGAUGAUAAGGAAUUAGUCAGACAGGUGCCUCAAGUCUCCUCGGCUCUUUUCUUUCAAUAUAACGAAGCUAUAAAGCCACCAUAUCAAAUUCUUUUGGAUACAAACUUCUUCAAUUUCAGUAUUCAGAAGAAAAUAGACAUAGUACGUGGAAUGAUGGAUUGCCUGUAUGCGAAGUGCAUUCCAAUGGUUACCGACUGUGUUGUUGCAGAGUUGGAGAAGCUUGGACCCAGAUAUAGAAUUGCCCUUACACUUGCUAAAGAUCCCAGGAUUAAACGUUUGACAUGCACACACAAAGGAACUUAUGCAGAUGAUUGCUUGGUUCACAGAGUUAUGGAGCAUAAAUGCUACAUAGUGGCGACGAAUGAUGCCGAUCUUAAAAGAAGAAUAAGAAAGGUUCCUGGAAUUCCAAUAAUGAGUGUGGGUGCGCACUCUUAUGUUAUUGAAAGGCUCCCAGAUGUUUUUUAA